GAAGGUAGGUUCCAACUAAUUCAGGGUCUUCUCCUGUUCUCAAGAAGACCCUUCUUAACCGUCUAAACUCCAACGUCACAUUGACGCACCAAGGCUAGGCCUAUAAAUACCCCGAUAUUUGGCGCCCAAAACAUUCUCAGUCGUCUAACUGAAAACUCCAAAACUUAGAGACCGAGCGAGAGAGAUUGAGAGAUUCAGUAACAAUUUCUAGGGCUUACCCGUACAUGCAAUCGGUUAUCGAUUUCGAGAUGCAGAAAUUAGGGUUUCCAAGCAUGAAGACUUUUGAUCAGUUCAAAUCGCUAUCAGGAUCCGCAAAGAACUUCUCAUUCAAUUCGCGGUCAUCAACGGACUCGACUACAUCGGGAAGUUUCGCUAAUUUGAAGAUCACUGCAGAGAAAUUGGUCAAAGAACAGGCUUCCGUCAAAACAGAUCUCGGGAUGGCGAACACCAAGCUGAAGAAAUCAAUGGAGCAUAUCCAUGUGUUGGAGGAUAAGUUGCAAAACGCGUUUAAUGAGAAUGCAAAGCUUAAAGUAAAGCAGAAAGAGGAUGAGAAGCUGUGGAAAGGAUUGGAAUCAAAAUUUUCUUCAACAAAGACUCUGUGUGAUCAAUUGACAGAGACCUUACAACACUUAGCCGGUCAGGUUCAGGAUGCUGAAAAGGAUAAGGAGUUUUUUGAAGGCAAACUGUCUGCAAGCUCAAAUGGCAUUGACUAUUUGAACCAACAACUGAAUGAUUUAUCUGUGAAAUUAGGCUCUGCGGAGGAAACUAUUAGAACUCGUGAAAGGGAACUACAGGAACUUGAAAUCAAUAAGGAGGAAAGAAAUAAGAUCUACAUAGAAGAACUACGCCAAACUACCAGUCUGAUAGAAGAAAAAGAUGCCAUGCUAAAGAAGUUUGAAACAACUGUAGCAGCUAAUAGAUUGGCUGCGGAGGACCUAAACUCAAAAUUGGAAGAGAUGAACCAUGAAUUGAGACUGAAAGGAGACAAAAUUAAUAGUUUAAUGACCACUCAAGAGAACUUGGCGAAAGAAAAGAGUGACCACCAAUCGAGAAGCAAUGAUUUUGCUAACAGAUUGGCCAUAUCACUCCAAGAGAUUAAAAACCUAGAAGGUUUUCUUCAUGUACUGGCUGCACAAUUGGUUGAGUUGGAUAAACAAAGUUUGACUUUUACCACCAAGUUUGAUCAGCUAAACUCUCUCUAUGAUAGUUGCUUUAAGUUGGCCCAACAGGAGAGAGAACUUGCUGUGAAGCAUGUCCAAAGGCAGUAUGAUCAGCUCCAUGACCAGUCUUUGUCUGUAAAGUCAGAAAGAGACGCCAUGAAAUUGGUAAACCAGGAGUUAAAUGAUAAGAUCAUUGAACUUCAGAAAUCCCAAGAGUCUAUUAUGGCACAGCUUUCAGAAGAAUGUCAGUCAGCAAAAGAAAGAAUUCAAAGUUUGGAGUCUGAAGCUGAAAUGCUGAUGUCAAAGAAGAAGGAAACGGAGAUGUUGGUUUCAAAAUUAGAGGAGAAAAUUGACACCUUGUCAGAAGGAUCGAGGUCAUCUGAGAAUAAAAUGCAAGAUUUGUUGUUGAAAAUUUCAGCAUUAGAAAUUGAAAACAAAGACAAUGCAGAGAGGUUACAGGAUGAAAUACAGAGAAAAGAAGAAGAAAUAGAUUCUUUGCGAAAGGAAAGUGAGAAACAUGAGCAACAGCUAAAUUCAUUGGAGAAACAGGUUUGCCAGCUCCAUAGUGUCUUAGAGGAGAAGGAACAGCUUAUUGUUCAAUAUAAGGAAAGAGAAAAGAAGUUGGAAGAUCAAAUCACUGAGAAUCAGGCAUCGUUGACUGCUGCUGAAAGCAAACUUACGAAAGCAAAGAAGCAGCAUGAUAUGCUGCUGGAGAGCAAACAAUUGGAGCUAUCAAGACAUUUGAAAGAAAUAUCUCAGAGAAAUGAUGAGGCUAUUAAUGACAUUCGGAAGAAGUAUGAAAUGGAAAAGCUAGAGAUUGUGAACAUGGAAAAAGAAAAGGCAGACAAAAUCGUAUUAGAAAUGGAAAGAAAAUGCGACCAAAAGCUUGUCCAAUGCAAAGAAGAAUCAAGGAGGCAGAUGAUGUGCGUUCAGGGGGACCAUGCAGCUCUGGUCUUAGGCAUUCAGCAGGAGCGUGAUAGAAAGGAGAUCAGUCUUAAAGCUGCUCACAGUGAAGAACUAAAGUGUGCCCAACUUCAAGCUGAAAAUGAACUGAGAGAGAAAAUAAUAGAAUUCGGGAAUGAACAUGAAGUUCAAAUGAAAGCUUUGAGGUGCCAGCAUGAAGAUGAGUGCGGGAAGCUUCAGGAGGAGCUGGAUCUCCAAAAGUCAAAGGAAGACAGGCAGAGGGCUUUGUUGCAUUUGCAGUGGAAAGUGAUGAGUGACAAGCCACAAGAAGACCCAGAAGUGAAUUCGAAAAAGAAGGAAUAUUCUGUUUCAUCUGUUAAGAUGAGAGGUCCGGGUGGUGCUAAAAGAAGCCACAAUUCUCUGGGAAGUUUACAGAAUGAAAAGAAGGUACCAGAGAGCAAAGGAUCGUUUUACUUCCAUUCAGAGAAAUCUCUUCCUUUUUGGACUGUAUUGCGGCAGGUAACUCACCAUGAAUAUGAAGUUGAAACCAACAAUGGACGAACAAUCACUAAACGCAGAAAGACAAAAAGUACAGUCAUGUUUGAGGACCCAAGAAAACAUGAGAGGACAAGGACAAAUACUCCAAAGGCCAGAACUCCAAGAAGUGUUGCCAAGGGACUUAAGGGAGGGGAUCAGUCACAUCCAUCAACCAUUGGCGAUUUGUUUUUGGAAGGGUCUCUGAAUCCUUAUGCAGAUGAUCCAUAUGCAUUUGGUUAGAGAUGUUUUGAAGGUCAAGGGACUGGACAAAAGUUCACAGAACAACAUACACAGGUAUGGAGCCUGAAAGCACUCUUCUCCGUCAGAGAACACUUUUUGAGAACAACUUUGCUGAUAACAACAUAGCAUGAUAACGUGGAGGAAGUAUCCGAGCCUCUACGGGUUCUGUUGUAUAAUUUUCAAUGCUGGGCCAAGAUGCUUAAACUGUUCUAAUUGAACGCAACUAGUUGUGAAGGACAGUAAAACUUCUGUUUAGAACAUGGGAUACACUCAUGGCAGUAAAUUGGUAUAACUCCUACGUAAGUGUUGCGUACAUAAUUACAUGGGUGCAGUGUGAUAAGACGUUGAAUUUUUGAA